AUGGAGGAAGUUGUAGAAACUCAAGAAGUUAUAAUGCCUUCUAGCUUGAAGAAGAUAAACUCUAUUGAGAAGUCUAAAAACACGAGUAAAUUAUCUCAAGAUUAUCUUAAUGUCAAGCUUGAUAGGAAAAUGGAUUCUAUUAAAAAGGAAAAUCGAAAGGUUAAGAUGAAGGGUAGAGCUGCUAAAGCGAUCCAACCGUUCAGAGAAAGUGCACAUUGGAUGGCCAGGAUUGCGCCAUGUCGUUUUUUGGAUACAUGGUCUUGGUUGUGCCAUGUGUCACCAUAUGAAUGGUGGAACAAGACUCGUGAGAGCAAAAAGCUUGAAGAUCUUUGCCUCAUUCUCCAUAUCAAGGCUCAGAUUUUACCAAAGGUUUACAUUGUAUAUAUGGGAAACAUAAUCCAUCAGACAUCUGAACUUGUUGAAGCCUCUCACCAUGAGAUUCUCACAAAUUUGCUUGGAAGCAAGGAAGUUGCCCAAGAAUCAAUUUUAUAUAGCUACAAGCAUGGAUUUUCAGGGUUUUCAGCAGUUUUGACCGAAUCUCAAGCCAAGCAAAUUGCAGGUUUCCCCGAAGUUAUUUCUGUAUUUCCUAAUAGAAUGCUUAAGCUACACACAACUAGAAGCUGGGACUUCCUGCAUGUAAAAUCCCAACUUACAAAUGGAAUACUUCGUAAGAGUAAUUUUGGUGCUGGAGUAAUUAUCGGCUUCCUUGAUACUGGAAUAUGGCCAGAGUCUGAAAGUUUCGUAGAUAAUGGUAUAGAAGAGGUUCCUUCGACGCGUUGGAAUGGCUUAUGUCAAGAAGGGGAAAAUUUCAACAGAUCCAGCUGCAAUAGGAAAAUUAUUGGUGCAAGAUGGUACAUUAAAGGAUAUGAAGCUGAGAACGGAAAGUUUGAUCCAAAAAAGUUUGGCGACUUCUUAUCUGCACGAGAUACACAGGGCCAUGGUACUCAUACUGCUUCUACUGCAGCCGGGAGACUUACACAAAAUGUAAGUGUUGGGGGACUAGCUGGAGGAUUUGCAAGAGGAGGUGCUCCAUUGGCAUGGAUAUCUAGUUAUAAAACAUGUUGGGGUCCCGGUGCAUGUGCCUCAGCAGACCUUCUUGCUGCCUUCGAUGGCGCUAUUUUUGAUGGAGUGGAUGUGCUUUCAUUAUCACUGGGCGAUGAAUUACCGCCUUUUCCUACUUAUGUUGAGGAUGUUUUGGCGAUUGGUUCCUUCCAUGCAAAUGCAAAAGGAAUUUCUGUAGUUUGCAGUGCUGGGAAUUCUGGUCCAUUGCCUCACACAGUAGCAAAUACCUUUCCAUGGGUCUUGACCACUGCUGCCAGUACUAUUGAUAGAGUUUUUCCAACAUCUAUUACCAUGGGCAACAACAAGACUGUUUUGGGUCAAGCCCUUAAUAUAAGGAAUAUCACGAGCAAGUUCUAUCGUCUUAUGUGUGGGAAAGAUAUCACAAUCAAUGACGCAGCUGAUGAUGUAGAUGGAAGAAGUUGUCAAUUGGGGAGCCUGAAUGCCACACUGGUUAGCGGAAAUAUAAUUCUAUGUUUUCAGUCCGGCAAUGACCUACUAACAUCAGCUGACAUAGCUUUCAGAAGUGUGAGGAGUGCAAAUGGAGCUGGUGUCAUCUUUGCUCGAGCACCGACAGAUCUUACGAUAGAGUUCCUUCGCAAUUUUAUUCAAGUGGACUUUGGAACUGGAUCAAUUUUGCAACAAUAUUCAAGGAUGCCAAGUCCUAUGGUACAAAUUAGCUAUCCAAAAACAACUGUGGGGAAAAAGACUUCCCCAAAAGUAGCAAUCUUCUCAUCUCGAGGACCCAAUUCAGUAACCCCCUACGCUUUAAAGCCGGACAUUGCCGCUCCGGGAGUCAAUAUAUUGGCUGCCUGGUCUCCUGCCGCUGGAGGCAAUCUGUUCAACGUGGAGUCUGGAACAUCCAUGUCAACUCCUCAUGUAGCAGGCAUUGUUGCCCUUUUAAAAGCCAUCCAUCCUAGUUGGAGCCCCGCAGCCAUUAAGUCUGCACUAGUCACAACUGCUUCACACAAGGAUAUAUAUGGUCAAAGACCCAUUUCGGAGGGUCUUCCGAAUAAAUUGGCUGACUUAUUUGAUUAUGGUGGUGGUCUUAUUAAUCCCAAUCAAGCCAUGGAUCCUGGUCUUAUAUAUGAAGUUGAAGCUUCAGACUACAUCAAAUUUCUCUGUUCUAUGGGCUACAGUGAAAAAGAUAUUGGUAGGAUGGCCAAUAUACAAAAUCCAUGCAAUGAUGAAACCAACUUCCUCAUCAAUCUUAAUUUACCUUCUAUUUCAAUCCCCGAGCUAAAGAAUAGUAUAACAAUAUCAAGAACCGUAACGAACGUGGGUCCUGUAAAUUCAAUAUACAUUGCUCGAGUUCAAGUUCCAUCCGGCAUAUUUGUGAAAGUUCAGCCGUCAAUCUUGUUUUUCAACUCUACGAAGGAGCAACAGGAGUUCAAGGUCACAUUUUAUUCCCUACAAAAAAUUCAAGGAGAGUAUGCUUUUGGAUAUCUAUUUUGGGAGGAUUUUACACAUCAAGUCAAGACCCCACUAUUCGUUCAACAAAUAAUUGAUUAUUGAUGACAUGUACUGCUUGUAGCAGGCAAUGCUUCUUAUCAAAUAACCCCUAUUAAUCGUUGCGGCUUUGUUAUGUUAUUUAAUGCUAAGCUUAUCUUUAGUUUUCUUUCUUCAUAUUGUAACUUUAUUAACCAUGUUUUGGAUUUCAAA